CCGGAUAUAAGGAGCAGGAUUUCCGCUUUCGCCCCUUUCCGGCGGUGACGGCCUUCCCACGAGAACAUGCCUCUCGCAAAGGAUCUCCUUCAUCCCUCUCCAGAAGAGGAGAAGAGGAAACACAAGAAGAAGCGCCUGGUGCAGAGCCCAAAUUCCUACUUCAUGGAUGUGAAAUGCCCAGGCUGCUAUAAAAUCACCACGGUGUUUAGCCAUGCACAAACAGUAGUUUUGUGUGUUGGUUGCUCUACUGUCCUCUGCCAGCCUACAGGAGGAAAAGCAAGGCUUACAGAAGGAUGUUCCUUCAGAAGGAAGCAGCACUAAGUAUCCUGCUUGAAUGAAUGGGAAACCAUCCCAAUAAACUAAACACAUUUUGGAUAUA